AUGGCGUCAGAUGAGCGGCUGGCCCGCUUCCGCCAGGCCCACCUGAACCCCUUCAACAAGACCCCAGAGCAGCUGGAGCGCCCUGAUGAAGAAUCCCCUGCCCCAGCCCAGCAGCCGGAUCCCACCCCAGGGGACCCCGAGGGCGCCCUGGACCUGGGGCUGGCCGAGGACCACUUCUCCCGCCCCGUGGGGCUGAUCCUGGCGUCGGACGUGCCGCAGCUGCGCCGGGCCAUUGAGGAGUGCAAGAGGGUGAUCCUGGCUCUGCCCGAGCACUCGGAGCGGCAGAAGGACGCCGUGGUUCGGCUCAUCCACCUCCGCCUCAAGCUGCAGGAGCUGAAGGACCCUGCUGAGGAUGAGCCCAACAUCCGGGUGGUCCUGGAACAUCGUUUCUACAAGGAGAAGAGUAAAAGCGUCAAGCAGAUGUGUGACAAGUGUAGCACCAUCAUCUGGGGGCUCAUCCAGACCUGGUACACCUGCACAGGCUGCUACUACCGGUGCCACAGCAAGUGCCUGCCGCUGGUGAGCCGGCCGUGUGUGCGGGCCCAGGUGAGCCACCAGGCCGAGUACCAGCUCAGCAUCUGCCCCGAGAGCGGACUGGACAGCCAGGACUAUCGCUGUGCCGAGUGCCGGGCCCCCAUCUCCCUCCGGGGGGUGCCCAGCGAGGCCCGGCAGUGCGACUACACUGGCCUCUACUACUGCUCCAGCUGCCACUGGAACGACCUGGCCGUGGUGCCCGCCCGUGCCAUCCACAACUGGGACUUCGAGCCCCGCAAGGUGUCACGGUGCAGCAUGAGGUACCUGGCACUGAUGGUGUCACGGCCGGUGCUGAAGCUGCGGGAGAUCAACCCACUGCUCUUCAACUACGUGGAGGAGCUGGUGGAAAUCCGGAAGCUGCGCCAGGACAUCCUGCUGAUGAAGCCCUACUUCAUCACCUGCAAGGAGGCGAUGGAGGCGCGGCUGCUGCUGCAGCUGCAGGACAGGCAGCACUUUGUGGAGAACGACGAGAUGUACUCGCUGCAGGACCUGAUCGACAUCGAGGCCGGGCGCCUCGGCUGCUCCCUCACUGAGAUCCACACGCUCUUUGCCAAGCACAUCAAGCUGGACUGUGAGCGAUGCCAGGCCAAGGGCUUCGUCUGUGAGCUGUGCCGCGAGGGCGAUGUGCUCUUCCCCUUCGACAGCCACACCUCCGUCUGCGCCGACUGCUCUGCUGUUUUCCACAGGGACUGCUACUACGACAACUCCACCACCUGUCCCCGGUGUGCCCGGCUGAGCCUGCGGAAGCAAUCCUUGUUCCAGGACUCCGGCACGGAGGCAGAGCCUUGAGGAGGGUGUGGCCCCAUUGUGGGGUCUCAGGCCCAAGACUGCCCCUCACACACCGCAGGGCCCUGGGAUGGACACAAUCAGCCCAGUGGUGGUUUGGGGACUGGGAUGGCCUGGCUCUGGGAUCCUCUGCUCAUGGAAAUGCAGCACUGCCGGGAGGAAAUCACUGCUGGACCCCAGCCAUUCCCGGGAGUAUGGAGAGCCUCACCGGAGGGGCCAGGAUUGGGUUUACUGGGAUCCGGUUAAGGCCCCACAGUGGCUCCUGUCGUCCCUGCCUGGAACCGGGGUGCAGGCCAGGGCUGGUGCUGUGCUGUCCUGGGGUGACAGCUGUGUCAGGAGGGCUCAGCCCUGGCACCGGGAUGGGACCGAGUCCCUCCCACACACGCUCUUUCUCCAGCCCACGGCACCCCGUUACCGGGGCCGAGCCCCCGAGGGGAUGAUGUGGGAUCUUCCCCGGGCUGGACCGGGUGCGGUGUGGAGCCUCCCUUUCUCCCCGGUGUUUCCUGUAGCAUUAACGAGCCUCUUUGCGCAACCCA